AAGUUGCUUAAUAAAAUCACGACAGAGGUAGAGAAAGCUAUUAAAAAUGAAAUGCGGGAAUUGAAUGAAUCGUUGCAAUUUCAUAGUGCUAAGCUUGAGGAGGUCGUUGAAUGCAUCGAUGCUUUCAAACAAAGUAUAAAAGUGCUGGAGCGAAAAAAUGUGGAGCAAAUGAAUAAGAACAUUAAUUUAGAAACACGAGUCGGAGCACUAGAGCAGAGGCUCCAUGAAAGUGAACAAGAAAAGCUUAUAAAUUGCGUCGAAAUCGCUAACGUUUCUUGCCCAAGCACUGAAGACUUGAGUAAAAUAGUGGAAAGUGUGGCAAUAAAACUAAAACAACCCCUUGAAAGCGUCAAGAAUUCGCAAAGACUCCCAGGGAAAAAAGACCAACCAAUGAACAUCAAGGUCGAAUUGAAAGAUGAGUCCUCUCAAGAAAAAUGGAUGUUGGCUGCCAAAUCAAGUAAAAUCAUAGUAGCUGACAUAUGCCCUACUGAGAAGAAUAACCACAAUGUAUUAUUUAUGAGAGAAGCGAUGAUCAAAUCUAACAAAACUUUACUUUGGAAUGCGAAACAGGAGCUAAAAACCAACAAAAAAUAUAAGUAUGUUUGGUUCAAAAAGGGUUGUGUAAAGGCGCGCAAGGAAGAAGGAUCUAAAAUCUAUUCCCUUAGAACCCUGGAGGAUAUUCACGCACUAGCAAAUCGGAUAACAUCAGCUCUUUAUAUCAUUUGGAUGGUUACCAGAUGUUUACAGCACUAAGAAAGGAA